CACAUCUACCUCGAACCACAAAGAUACUUCCUCGACUCACAGCUGGGAGACUGACAGAAUCACAUAGACUUCCUUAUUCUCCUGAAAUCGAAAAAUAUGGCCGACGACGCAGUACCCAUCCCCCUCGACCUGAAGAUCCGCGAGUAUGCCUUUCAGCUGCAGGACCCCAACCUGAGCAAACUGCAUGAACAGGCGGCAAAGGCUUUCUGGGAGAGCAUCGAGAAGAAUGAGAUGGCACCUUACAUGUCGACUUUGCCAUCAUCCCUGACACCACCUUCUGCCGACCUUCAGUCCCGUCUAAAGGCGAAGAACGAGGAGCAGCUCAAAAAGAUCGAGACUAAGAUCAAGGACGCGGAGGAGAGUCUAGGAGAGACCGACGUUUCGGAACCGAUGAGGGAAAAGGCAGGGUAUCUGGUUACGAUUGGGGACAAGGAGAAUGCCCUGCCGGCACUGGAUGCUGCUAUGGAGAAGACUGCUGGUGUCGGAGCGCGCAUAGAUCUUGUGCUUGCCAAGAUCCGUUUGGGCAUGUUUUACGGUGAUAGCAGCAUGAUCGACAGCAACAUUAAGACGGCGCAGGACCUGAUCGAGAAGGGAGGUGACUGGGACAGGAGAAACCGCCUCAAGGUAUACUCUGCCAUUCAUUUCCUUGGGAUCAGGAAGUUCAAGGAAGCGGCCGACCUCCUAUUGGAAUCGUUGAGCACCUUCACAGCUACUGAGGUGAUGGAGUACGAAGAGUUUGUCGCGAUGACUAUCAUCGCUACCGGUGUUGGUUGUGACAGGAAGGGUAUCAAGACCAGGGUUCUCAACAACGCCGAGAUCAACUCGUUGCUACCCCAGAUGCCUGCUCUGGCGACCUUCACCAAAUCUCUCUACGAGUGCAAUUAUGCGGAAUUCUUCAAAUCCCUCGCUGAGGUCGAGGAGACCUACCUCACGCCGCUGCCAGUAUUCGCUCCUCACGCGAGGUAUUAUGUGAGAGAGAUGAGGAUCAAGGCGUACACUCAGAUCUUGGAGAGCUACAAAUCCCUUACGCUCGAGAGAAUGAGCAAGGCGUUUGGCGUUAGCACGACCUUUAUCGACGCCGACCUGUCCCGUUUCAUUGCCAACGGACGUUUGGCAUGUACGAUCGACAAGGUCUCAGGGGUUAUCACCACUACGAGGACUUCGGCCGAGAACAAGACGGUCGCUUACGAGCAGGUAGUCAAGCAGGGAGACAUUCUUCUUAACGACAUCCAGAAGUUGAGCAGGAUCAUCGGUUGAGCAGAACACAUUAUUGUAUAGAACGAAAUAAUGACGAAGCACGCGAUAUGGCAAUAAGUUCGAUGGCUCAUCGGCUCCUGCAUGCUUGAGUACGGCUUCCU